UACUAUAUUCGAAGAAAUUGAUGUUGCCCUUGGACAGAUCCAGCAACCACUUUCGUUGGAGUUGAGUUAGAUUGGACAGACCGUUUCGAUUGGGCCCCGCCUUAUCAAUCGCCAAAAGUCAGACGCCGAUUGGCUGCCGCAUUUAUUAUAUUGGUUUGGUACUUGGUAGUUUGGUGACGCUGAGGCCUCGUCCCCGAUCAGACUUGUUCGGCCUCUUCGACGGCGUGCCCGUCUCCCCGGGCUCAUUCGCCAUGCAUUCCUCAGCCUCCGCGAGAGGAGGACGAGGGCUCCUCUUGCCGGCGGCUGCGGCGGCGGUUGUGGUGCUACUGUUGGGUGCAGUGGCGCCAGCGGCGGGUUGCUAUCCGCGCGUGUUCAACUUCGGGGACUCUCUGGCGGACACGGGCAACUACCCGUUCGUCUAUGGCAACGACUCAGCCAAGCUCCGGCCACCCUACGGCGAGACCUUCUUCCACCGCGCCACCGGGCGCGCCUCCAACGGGCGCCUCGUGGUCGACUUCAUCGCGGACACGCUCGGCCUCCCGUUCGUGCGACCGUAUCUGAGCGGACGGAGCGCGGAGGACUUCGCGGGCGGGGCCAACUUCGCCGUGGGCGGCGCCACGGCGCUCAGCCCGGACUUCUUCCGUGCAAGGGGGUUCCACAACAUGGGAAACCGAGUGGACCUCGACAUGGAGAUGAAGUGGUUCCGCGGCCUGCUCGACCUACUCUGCCCCGGCAACCUCGCCGGUUGCUCGGAUAUGAUGAACCAAUCUCUCUUCUUAGUUGGAGAAAUCGGGGGCAAUGACUACAACGGACCUCUUCUUUCUGGAGUUCCCUUCGAGGAAAUUCGCGCCAUCACUCCGAGUGUUGUUGCGAAAAUUUCUUCUACAAUCAGCCUAGGAGCCAAGACUCUUGUGGUUCCAGGAAACCUUCCUAUUGGAUGUGUCCCAAAAUAUCUGAUGAUAUUCAAGAGCAAUAAGAAAGAGGAUUAUGAUCCACAGACAGGUUGUCUUAGAUGGAUGAACGAGUUCUCACAGUACCACAACAAGCUUCUUGUGGAGCAGCUCAAGAAGCUUCGCAGGCUCCAUCCUGGAGUAACCAUCAUCUAUGCUGAUUACUAUGGAGCUGCUAUGGAAAUAUUCCUUUCCCCUGAACGAUAUGGGAUCGAAUAUCCCCUAGUGGCUUGCUGUGGUGCAGAAGGACCCUACGGUGUGUCCCCAACUACAAGCUGUGGAUUGGGAGAAUAUAAGCUGUGCGAUAAUCCAGAAAGGUAUGGAUCAUGGGAUGGCCUCCAUCCAACAGAAUCUGCAUACAAGGUCAUCGCUAUGGGCCUGCUACUAGGUUCCUAUACAAGACCGCCAAUCGCUUCCACCACCACUUCAUGUCCACAGCUUAUGGAGCUCGGCUCUUCUGCUGAAUACAAACGCCUCUACGACCUGUAAUAAUUUAUGUAAUUAUAUUUUAUUGUAUGUACUCCCUCGCCCACUUCAAUAAGUCCCAUUUUGCGAGUACAUGUACUUUGUAACUUUUAACUAAUAACUUAUCAAACUAGCUACUAUAUAUUUGUUA